CGGCGCCCGCCCUCCCCUCUCUCCCCUGGGGAUCCUCUGGUCCGCCCCGCUGACUCAGCGUAAACCGAGCUGCGCGCGGCGGCGGGGCAGGCGGAGCCCGACCGGGGCUUAAUUGCUCGGUUUUGAAUGCUGCCUCCCUCCCCGCGGUCUGGCCCGCCCCGCGGCGGUCCCGCUCCGCCCCCCAGGAGAGGUCCCGCGACGGACGCCGGCGGCCGCAGCGGAGCGGCGGGAGGAAGCGAGGCGGGAGCGCGGCCGAGCCCCGGUGCAGCAUGACUGCCAUCGCUGUGCAGGCCCAGAGGCUGCUGGGCCAAAGGAGGCCCCGUCGGUCCUUCUUUGAAUCCUUCAUCCGGACCCUCAUCAUCGUGUGUGCUGCCCUGGCCGUGGUCCUCUCCUCUGUCUCCAUCUGUGAUGGCCACUGGCUCCUGGCUGAGGACCGCCUCUUUGGGCUGUGGCACUUCUGUACCACCUCCAAUCAGACUGGGCCACAGUGCCUCAGAGACCUGAGUCAGGCCCAUGUGCCAGGGCUGGCUAUGGGCAUGGUCCUGGUCCGCAGCGGGGGUGCCUUGGCCGUGGUGGCUGCCAUUUUUGGCCUGGAGCUCCUCAUGGUAUCCCAGGUGUGUGAGGACCGCCACACACGGCGCAAGUGGGCCCUGGGCUCCAUCCUCCUCCUCAUCUCGUUCGUCCUCUCCUCUACGGGCCUUCUGGGUUUUGUGAUCCUCCUCAGGAGCCAGAUCACGCUCAUCGGCUUCACUCUGAUGUUCUGGUGCCAGUUCACCGCCUCCUUCCUCUUCUUCCUGAACGCCAUCAGCGGCCUUCACGUCAACAGCAUGACCCAUCCCUGGGACCAACCAAGGAAGUUUUAGAGCCCUCCACCUCCCGAGGAUGCCUGGUUCUAUAAGAAAUUGUGGUCAAGAUGGGACUUUUCCAACCUGGGACCUUUGGUGGGGGAAAGGGUAGAACAAUGACCUUGAAACUGCUGCCUCUUGGCCAAUAAUCUUCCGGUGCUUGGCCAGAAAUGGCCCAGGGGCCUUUGCAGCUAGUCUGCAGGGCCAGAGGCCAGGAGGAUGCCAUUAUGCCACCAGCUACACAGGCUUAGCCAAGUUAAUAAGAUGUAGCUUUUAGAAGAACUCAUUAUAAAACCCUUUCCUUGAAUCCUUCUCCCGGGACAGGAAUAGAUUUGGGAGCAGCUCUGGUAACUGGUGCCUGGGCUAGCUGCAUAGCCAUGUGCUGUUGACACCUGUUUUAUGGCUCUGUGCUGGGAUAUGAGCUACGGGGUCCCUAGGGCCUGCUAGGGUUGCUAAGAGUGGAUCAUUCUUCCAGCUAAGUGUGUCCAAUCAGGGCCUAGGACUUCCGCCAGCUCAAAGGCCCUUUCUGCACAUUUCCGUGCCUUAGCUUUGGUCAUGCCAGGGAGGCAGAGUUCAGGAUUCCCUCAGAAUGUCUGGCACAUGAUAGGUUUUCAAACCAUUUGACUUGAUUCAAUUCCUGGAACCCCAUAACCCCUGGAUAACCCCAGCUUCCAGCAGCUGGCUGUCCCCUCUUUGAGAAGAGUUCUUGAGCAAGCCUUCCAGACAGGUCCCCCUGACUUCUGAUGCACAGCCCUCCCUGAGAUGAAUGUGCAUUUCCAUCUUUGGUGAGGAUCAGAUGGCCUCAGGGUACCAUUUUUGAUCCUAGAACACAUUUCAAAGAGCAUGUGUCUAGACCUGUUGGACCUUGGGUAAUGAUUAAUAACCAUCCUGGGGAGGAGUGCAGGUGAAGGGGACCAGAAACCAGUGGAGAUUUCCAUCCUUGCCAGCAGAUCAGGGUUUUUGUACACUAGCCCCGUUUCCAAUCCCUUUUUUGCCCUCAGCCCAUUUCAUUCUACACUAGCCUCUUCCCACUCCCCCACCUGAUAAAUUCGGGCCUUCCCUGGUUCAUUCUUGCUGCCGCUGACUGAUUGCAUGAGUUUUCGGUCUCUGCCCUGCCCUUGCCACAGCAGGUUGACUUUCUGAGCUGGGCUGGGUGCCUAUACCUACCUCUUGUGAUUUUUAAAAAAACUUUUAUUCCAAAA